AUGAAUAAAGAAUAUAUUAAGAUUACUUUUGCACUUUUAAGUCUCGCAGGAUAUACGCAAAAUGUAGCAUUUGCAACCGAACAUGAUACAGAUGUUACUAUUAAGGUCAAUCCCGUCCAUCAAAAAACAAUAUUUGAGGAAUUCACAAACUUACCAUGUGAAGACAUUGGUGAAGCUUUAGUACCAAUAAAUCAUACAAUACAAACUUCAGAACUUUUAAUAAAACUUUCAGAGACUCGUAUAGACGAUUAUUCUCCAGAAGAUGGAAACCCAACUAUAUAUUCUAAGAAACUUGGAAAUAUCGAUAUUAGAAGAUUUCAUCCUACCAUCACAUCUCCCUUUAGCCUAUCAAAUACCAAACAAUAUUUAAUAUAUAAAAAUAACUUCAAAUUAAAUAAUCAUUAUUAUAUAUAUAUCCAUUUUUUUCGUUUUAAAAAAUACUAUUUAGUAUGUAAUUUCUCAUUCCUUUUGUAUUCAAAUAUAUUCAAUGUAUUUAAUUUUGUGACGAAAUCAAUGCUAUAA